GACCGUUUCUUCCAGUUCACAUUCAGCUGUCCGAAGUAAUUUCGUCCUCGAAAACGCGACUGUCUCGUGAACCUGUAGGUCAACCGAACCGAUCCGACAUGAGGACCGUAGCUCUUCCCUUAUUGGCAAUCGCCGCUGUCAUUUCUGCCACCGCUGGAAUCGAGUUGCCGAGCAGCUUCAGGCCGUGCAACAGGACGCUGCCGGACCCCGAAUAUUACGACUGCAUCGCGAAAUCGGCGAGGGAUGCUGUGGUCUCGUUGGCCGGAGGACUGAAGAGCUUCAAGAUCCUGCCAAUCGAACCGCUAUCCGUGGACUCUGUGAAAAUUGGCGAGUCGCAAGGGUCGGUCUCGCUGAGGCAAGAAUACCGUAACAUCAAACUGUACGGACUGACAAAGAACUUGGAAAUAAACAAUUACCACAUCGACUGGGACAAAUGUUUGCUGACGUCGGACGCACAUAAUCCGCAGGUGGACUUUGUCGCCGAUUAUAAAAUCGAUGGGAAGAUAUUGUUACUUCCUGUAAGAGGAUCAGGAAAAUCGAACAUCACCAUGUAUGACUUGAAGACGACCAAUAAUAUCUACUGUGAAAAGUACGAGAAGAACGGAGUCCCUUAUCUCAGGGUAACGAAAUACAAUGUGAAAUUCACCACGCCUAAGGUAACGCUCCAGUUUGACAAUCUUUUCAAUGGCGACACACUUUUGGGCGAGCAAAUGAACCGUUUCAUCAACGAGAAUUCCGAUUUGCUGUUCAAAGAACUUCAAUCGCCGUACGAGGAAACGUUCGGCCUUGUCUUCGCGAAAGUAGCGAACGAAUUUUUCAGUCGCGUGCCAUUCAACAAGAUCUUUCCGCAAACGUAAAUCGCCACGCAUGGACGCCGUGUUCUCACGUUUAAAUAAUAACACACGUACCCCACUACAACAGAACCUGCGCGAUAGUUCCGAACAUGCCAAAAAUUUGUAUAUACGUUUCCAUAGAAGUAUUACUCGCAACUCGAAAUUCUGCUGACCGAACAAUGCUCCCGUCGUUUUGUAUUUUUCUGUACAUUCGUCACUUUGAUGCAGCCAGGUCCGAUCCGUCUGUGUGCGAAGGUUAAAUAAAAAUACUAUUAUUUUGACAUAA